UGCAUGCAUGAUCACGUGGAAAGUGUAAAUGUGUAAAGUAUAAAAUGGUGUUAGUGAGCUGCGCAAGAGUGCGAGAGGAGAAGUGAUAGAUCCGAUUUUCUAUGUAAAAAGUAUAAUUUCGAGAGUUUUAUUCGUAAUAUAAAUAACGGAUUUAAAUUUGUUGUAGACAAGAAAUAUUCGUGAAUCCAACGCGCUCUUAAAACGGUUAGAACAUUUUUUAUUGUGCUCGAAGAUGCGCUAUAUAACCUGAAUUUGAACGCAAAUUAACCUUAUAUUUAAAUUUACACAGAAAAUAAUUUCUCACAAAAUAAGAAACUUCGCAAUAUUAUCGCAUUUGGAUAAACGAAGAUAAUAUCCUGAAUUAAUCUUUCUUCCUGAGAAAAAAGUCCAUUACACACAGAAAUCAUGUCAAAACGUAAGUUUGACGAUAUUGACGAUAUACUUAAUAAGCAGCCACUUAAAAAUUCAUUGGAUUCUGAUGAAGAUGAUGACGAAAUAAACGAAGAUGCCUAUAAUAUCAUGAACGAGAAUGAAUUUGAAGGCACAGAAGACGGACCUUCAGCACCAGAAACAAAUAUAGGAUUUACAGCGUUUAAUAUGAAAGAAGAAUUAGAAGAAGGCCACUUUGAUAAAGAUGGUCAUUAUCUUUGGAAUAAAGAGAAACAAAUAAAAGACAACUGGUUGGAUAAUAUUGAUUGGGUCCAAGUUAAACCUGGUUCCACUACUAAUAUACAAAAAAGUGCAAAAUCAAGUGAAAAUCAUGGAUUGGGAGAUAGCGAUAGUGAUGAUGAAGAAGAUAUUAUGUUUGAUCCUAUUCCAUUAUAUAAACAGAUUUUAGAAUUUCUUAAACCUGGUGAAACUGUUUCUAAGGCGCUAUGCAGACUUGGCAAAGGAAAAAAGAAAUUAACCACAGCUGAAAGAUGGAAAAAGAAAAAGGAAUGUAAGGUAGAUAAUGAAGAAGAUCCAAAUUCUGUCAGCAUAAUCAAAUUAACUGAGCUAGCAAAUGAAUUAUUAACACGUACUGGUAAUAUGGAUAUAUAUCAAGAAAGUUAUGAAGAAAUAAGAAAGAAGAUUGAACGUGCUAAUAAACAUGCAUAUCCUUCAAAAAAAGAAGCAGAACUUGACAUGUAUGCUGAUGAUUUUGAUGAAAAGGAAAAAGCAAAACUAGAUGAUACUAAUAAUGAUAAGACAACAGAAGCAACUAGUGCAGAAGAAAGUACAUCUUUAACAGAAGAUAUAACAUGGGAUUUGAAAUGGUCGCAAGAUGAAAAUGCAGAAAUACAUGGGCCUCAUACUACUCAGCAAAUGCAUACAUGGGCAAAAGAAGGAUAUUUCAAAAAAGGUGCAUGGGUCAGAAGAACUGGACAACAGAAUCAAUUUUAUAAUGCUGAAAUAUGAGAAUACACAAAGCAAGGUGGUGAAGGUACAUUGCAUUACAUUCACGCGUGUCGACGAAACAAGUACUUUGGUCUUUCCCAAGCUGAAAGGACGCGCAACAGCCGGAGAGAACACAGGGGACGUUCGGACGAGGGCGAAAAUAGGGUAAGAACGACACAUACGAGAGCAGACAAAUUACAUGCCGGUUUCAU